GGAGCGGGGAUGGACAGGGACAGAUCCUCCAGCGCUUCCCGGAGAAGGACUGGGAGGACAACCCCUUCCCACAGGGCAUCGAGCUGAACAGCCUGGGGUUGAUCUACACCAUCUACGUGGACGGGCUGAGCGUGUCCUUGGAGAAUGUCAUCGGGAACCUCCUCACCUGCACCAUCCCCAUCACGGGGGGAGCACAGCCUGACGCGGACGACGAAGCAGCGAGGACGAUCUCCCUGGGGGCAGGGGACAGGCAGGUGAUCCAGACUCCCAUCAACGACUCGCUCCCGGUCAGCAGCUGCAGCGUGGCCCUGCUGUUCCGCCAGCUCGGCAUCACCAACGUGCUGUUCCUGUUCUGCGCGGCGCUGACCGAGCACAAGAUCCUGUUCCUCUCCAGCAGUUACCAGAGGCUGACAGACGCCUGCCGGGCUCUCCUGGCUCUCAUGUUCCCCCUCAAGUACAGGUGAGGGGUCCCUGAGCCCCCCACCCUCCACCCUGUGCCAGCUCUCCUGCCUCCCAGUGCCUCACCCCACGCUGUGCUGCCCUUCCAGCUGGAUGUGGUGAUCGCGGACCUGGAUGGUGGGACCGUGAACGUUCCCGAGUGUGUCCACAUCUCCCUGCUCCCCGAGCCCCUGCUCCAGCAGACCCGGGAAGCCCUUUCCAUGGUCCUGGACCCGGAGCUGGAGGUGGCUGAUCUCGCCUUCCUCCCUUCCACCAUUUCCGCCUCUUCCCUCAAGAUGCAGGACAAGGAGAUCCGAGCCGUGUUCCUGCGCCUGUUUGCACAGCUGCUGCAGGGCUAUCGCUGGUGCCUGCACAUCAUCCGCAUCCACCCCGAGCCCGUCAUCCGCUUCCACAAGGCAGCGUUCCUGGGGCAGCGGGGGCUGACCGAGGACGAUUUCCUGACCAAGGUGUUGGAGGGCAUGGCCUUCGCCGGCUUCGUCACCGAGCGCGGGGCCCCGUACCGGCCCAUCGACCUGUUCGACGAGCUCGUGGCCUACGAGGUGAAGCGCAUGCGGGCCGAGGAGGGGAACAAGCAGAAGAUCCUGCGGCACAUCAAGGAGCUGGCGGAGAAACUGUACAAAAAUCUGUUCCCGGCGGUGCUGCGUGCCAUGAAGGGCCGGGCCGCCCGGCACUGCCUCACCCAGGAGCUCAACCUGCACGUGCAGCAGAACCGGGCGGUGCUGGACCACCAGCAGUUCGACUUCGUCAUCCGCAUGAUGAACUGCUGCCUGCAGGACUGCACGGCCAUGGACGAACACGGGAUCGCCGCCGCGCUCCUGCCGCUGGUCACUGCCUUCUGCAGGAAGCUGAGCCCGGGCAUCACACAGUUCGCCUACAGCUGCGUGCAGGAGCACGUGGUGUGGACCAACAUCCAGUUCUGGGAGGCCAUGUUCUACUGCGACGUGCAGAACCACAUCCGGGCCCUCUACCUGGACAGCAACGAGGAGAACCACGCGGAGGAGGAGAGCACGGAGGAGCCCCAGGAAGCCAAGUCUGCCCUGGAGAUCGCGUCGGAGCAGCUGCGGCUCUGGCCCACCAUGAGCCGGGAGAAGCAGCAGGAGCUGAUCCAGAAGGAGGAGAGCACCGUGUUCAGCCAGGCCAUCCACUACGCCAACCGCAUGAGCUACCUGCUCCUGCCCCUGGACACCAGCAAGAACCGGCUGCUCCGCAGCUCCGGCCUGGGGGACGUCGAGAGCGUCAGCAACAGCUUCGUCACCAACAGCAUCGCCGGGAGCGUGGCCGAGAGCUACGACACCGAGAGCGGCUUCGAGGACGCCGAGAGCUCCGACGUGGCCAACUACGUGGUGAGGUUCAUCAACCGCUUCGUGGACAAGGUGUGCCUGCUGAAGAUCGCCUUCGACGAGGAGGUGGCUUCGGACAGCGCCGAGAUCUUCCGGAAGCACCUGCACAAGCUGCGCUACCCCCAGCACGUGCGCGGCACCUUCGCCUUCACCGUGGGCCAGUCGCCCAAGCAGGCCAUGCAGCCCAAGGCCAAGGAGAAGAACCCCUCGCUCAGGACGCUCUCCAAGAACCUGGUGAAGAACGCCAAGAAGACCAUCGGCCGGCAGUACGUGACGCGCAAGAAGUACACGCCGCCCGCCUGGGAGCAGCGCGGCAGCCAGCACUUCCCUGAGGACAACGAGGACGAGAUCUCAGGCUACCGGCAGAACCGCUUCCCGGUGGUGUGCUGGAGGAACUCCCGCACCAAGGCCGUGCUGCUCCGCUCGGGGGGGCUCCACGGCAAGGGCGUCGUCGGCCUCUUCAAGUCCCAGAACGCCCCGACCGCAGGUCCCUCCCAGACGGAUUCCACGAGUCUGGAGCAGGAGAAGUACCUGCAGGCCGUGAUCAAUUCCAUGCCCCACUAUUCCGAUGCCAGCGGGCGCAACACGCUCAGCGGGUUCACCUCGGCACACAUGAGCAGUGCAGGGAAGUGGGGCAGCAUCCGGGCCAGCGGCCGCAUGAGCAGCUACGCCCUGAACGUGGAGAUCGGGUCCCGCCUGGCCGGGAAGGACCUGCUGGGGGCCCAGCACAACGGGACCCCCGCCGAGACCACCUUCCUGCGGCAGCACCGCGCCUCCCUCUACAUCAUCGGCGACAAGUCCCAGCUGAAGGGGGUGAAGCCGGACCCUCUGCAGCACUGGGAGGUGGUUCCCAUCGAGGUGUUCGACGUGCGGCAGGUCAAGGCCAGCUUCAAGAAGCUGAUGAAGGCCUGUGUGCCCGGCUGCCCCUCCAGCGACCCCAGCGUGGCCUACCUGCGCUCCCUGGAGGAGUCGGAGUGGCUCUCCCAGAUCCACAAGAUCCUGCAGAUCUCAGUGCUGGUGGUGGAGCUGCUGGACACGGGUUCCUCCGUGCUGGUCAGUCUGGAGGACGGCUGGGACAUCACCACGCAGGUGGUGUCACUGGUGCAGCUCCUCUCGGACCGGUACUACCGGACGCUGGAGGGGUUCCGGCUGCUGGUGGAGAAGGAGUGGCUUUCCUUCGGCCACCGCUUCAGCCACCGCGGUGCCCAGACCCUGGCGGGGCAGAGCAGCGGCUUCGCCCCCAUCUUCCUGCAGUUCCUGGACUGUGUGCACCAGAUCCACCUGCAGUUCCCCAUGGAGUUCGAGUUCAGCCAGUACUACCUGAAGUUCCUCAGCUACCACUACAUUUCCAACCGAUUCCGGACAUUCCUGCUGGACUCGGACUACGAGCGGAUCGAGCUGGGGCUCCUGUAUGAGGAGAAGGGCGAGAGGAAGAGCCAGCAGGUCCACAAAUCCAUCUGGGAUUACAUCGACCGGAUCAACAGGAAAACUCCCGUGUUCUUCAACUACAUGUUUGCUCCCGAGGAUGGGGAGACCCCCAGCUCCCUCCUGAUGUCCUCGGGGCUGUCCCACCACCGGCGCUCGCUGGGCGUGUACCUGCAGGAGAGCGGGGUGGGCUCCACCCUCAACCUCAGCCUGGACAGCGACACCAGCAGCACCUCCACCCCGUCCAGCGGGAAGCCGGGCGGGCGCCGCAGCACCUCCACCCUCUACAGCCAGUUCCAGACCUCCGAGAGCGAGAACAGGUCCUACGAGGGCUCCCUGUACAAGAAAGGCGCCUUCAUGAAGCCGUGGAAGCCUCGCUGGUUCGUGCUGGAUAAAACCAAACAUCAGCUCCGGUACUACGACAGCCGGAUGGACACGGAGUGCAAAGGGGUCAUCGACCUGGCCGAGGUGGAGUCCAUCACCCCGGGGACCCCCACCAUGGGGGCCCCCAAGACAGUGGAUGAGAAAGCCUUCUUUGAUUCAAAGAGCCGAACGUUCCCACUGACCCGGAGCCCAACGAAGCCCUGGGAGGGAUGGAAGGCCCUGGAGACGCCACUCCGGAAGCUCCAACUGAACAGCAACGAGUCUGGAAUAUUCCCCCGUGUCCGAGUGGGCAGGUGA